AUGUCCGAACACCCUCCUUCGAUACCACCUUCGCCCGUUCAACAAGGACCUGAUGGACCAUAUAUCCAGAUACCAGGGUAUGAUCUGAGAUUAACGCUAUGGAGAGAGACUGAUGUGGGCGAUGCUGUUGAGCUUUUCAAUCAUCCGGAUGUAGGCAGAUGGGCAUGUCUUCGACCGUACCCAUACGGUCCAAAAGAUUAUCAGUUCAUCGCUUCAAUCCUCCCCUUGCAUCGCACUCUCGCCUCAUCCUUCCUUGAUGCUACUCCACCACCACUCAGUGCCCUCGAGUCGUGCCCGAUGUUCCCCCUCUCCGCUUUGAGGGAUGAUCAAGGCAGAGUGGUGGGAUCGGCUAACCUUGGUCCAUCGCAGAAGGAAGUCGGCGCUUGGGAGAUUGCAUAUGAUUUGCAUCCUUCAUUACAAGGGAGGGGAAUCGGGCGAAUCAUGGUACAAAAGUUGAUAGAGUUUACGAGAUGGUUGGGAGUCAAGAGGGUCGUAGCUUUCUGCGAAACAUCCAAUAUCCCUUCAUCUUCCCUACUCAAGAAACUUGGAUUCACCUACGUCGGCGAGAAGCUACAGCAGUAUCCUGAGGACAAAGGUGGUGAUGUGAGGAUAAUACAUGGGUAUGAGUUGAAGCUAUGA